AUGGCAAACGACGAACCCAAGUCAGCGCUCCAGCACUGGCCCUCUCCUCCGGUGAGGCCCAGCGGACCCUACACAGCCGAAACAGCACUCCAGCCCGACAUCGCAGCGGUGACAUACGGCAUCCAUGUGUUCCUAGCAUCGCACAUGGUCGAGUCUGAGGCAUACUGUUGUGAGUAUGACCCCAAGAUGGAACGGCUGUAUGUUGCCACCGGGUUCGGGCUCAUCCAGUGCGUCAAGGGGCUCAUGUCAUUUGAGGACGAGGACCUCCUCAAGGCGAUCGGCCACGUUCGGCACGGGAACACCAUCGCCCAGCAGCACCGCAAGCGCGCCGCCUCUCUCCCGACGCGCCUCGCGGGCUUCGUCGUCGGUUCGCUCAAUACAUCCGGCGUCGGCUUCAUCAAGAGCAUGACAGCCGUGGAACGGCACGCCGAGCUCGUCUACGCCGAGACCCUCUUCGAGAAGGCGCUCUUGGGCAUUGUCUACUCCGGCGACUGGCUCGCGUUUAUCAAAGAGGCGCUGAACAUGCGCACCACGAUCAACAUCUACCGUCAGCUCGCCCGCUUCCUUGAGGUGGCCGACGCCGAUGCCGUGGCGGCGGGAAACGGCCCUGAAGACACGUCCAUCGACCCAGACUUCCGGUCGGGAGUCUACCUCGGCUGGGGCCUGUCGAACCUGAUCCUCAGCAUGAUGCCGGGGAAGCUGCUCACGAUCGUGCAGCUGUUUGGGUACAGCGGGGACCGGUUCGCAGGCCUCGCGCUCCUCGAGCGCGCGGGAGGCUGGUCCAGCGACCGCGAGAAGCCCGCUGUCAGCUUGGACUCCGAGGGGAUCCGGAGGACGAUUUGCGACAUGUCGCUGCUCAUCUUCCACCUCGUGCUCUCGAGCCUCACGUUCGAGGGCGUCGACAUCCGGAUGGCACAGAAGAUACUGGACUUCCACAGCGAGCGGUACCCGAACGGCGUUUUCUUCCUCUUCGGCCAGGGCCGGAUACACCUCUGCCGGAGCCAGCCGGCACUCGCACUGGGGUUCUACGAGAAGUCGCUCGCGGCGCAGGACCAAUAUCGGAACCUGCACCACAUCUCGUUCUGGGACAUGGCCAUCGCCAACCUGGCGCUCUGGGACGUCCCGGCCUCGCUCGAGCGAUGGCGGACUUUGGCUGCGGAAGCGUCGUGGUCGAAAGCGACGUACACGUACGGCGUCGCCGUCUGCCUCCUGCAGAUAGGCGAAGAGAAGCACGCGAAGGAGAUCGCGGAGCUCAUGGCGAAGGUCCCCAAUCUGCGCCAACGCAUAGCCGGGAAGUCUAUCCCUCUCGAGAAAUUCGUCGCCCGCAAGGCACGCAAGUUCGCGCAGCAGUCCGGGCGCCUCGCCCUCGCCGCCCUCGAGCUCGCCUACCUCUUCCUCGGGCUCACGCACGCGCCCCGCGCGGUCAUCACCGCGCGCAUGCUCCCGCUCGUCGACGCUCAGCUGGCGGCCCUCGCCGCGCACGCCGCGGACCCGCCCGGGUACGCGGGCGGCGCGGACGCGUACUGGGACGACCGCGCGCUCGCGCUGUUCCUCCGCGGGGUGUGCCUCCGGUACGUCGCGCACCCGGACCCGGACGCGGUGCUCGAGCCCGGGGACGAGGUCGGGGGCGCGCCGGCGCGGGAGGAGGCGGGGAGGCGCGCGCGGGAGGCGUUCGAGGCGGUGUUUGUGGACGGGCCGAGGGUGGUGUACGACCAUUAUCUGGUCUACUACGCGCACUUCGAGUACGCGCGGUUGCUGGCGUGCCAGGGGGACAAGGAGGGUGCGCGGAGGCACCUCGGCCUCCUCAUAUCGGGUGAACCGGUGGAGGUGAACCCCGCGUCGCGGAAGCAGGGCAAGUUCAGCAUGGAGAGCCAGCUCCACGUGCGCGCCAACGCCGCGCUCGAGGCCCUCGACAAGGGCGCAGACCGUUUGUAG